AUGAGGGAGGAAAAGACGUUUGAAUUCUCGACAACCAACUGUUUGAACCCUGAAGACGUCUUCCCGCCCAACUUGGAAUAUACUUUUGACGUGAUCUCGCUGUACCGUCUACAUCCCAAAUGGGAUUCAGACUCCAUUCCUGCUCAUCAAGAAGUGAAAGGGUCAGAGGCUUCGAAGCCGACUGUUGUAGCAAUUCGCCUCGAGGGUCUGGCGACAGGACGGCGCGUUGGACGGCGUUCUCCUUCCGCUCUCUCUCUCUCUCUCUCUCUCUUACUUGUCACACUCGCGCUUACCUAA